AUUCGCUAAGCUGUCCAAGCAAAUGGCGAAGGAGGAGAGGAGGAAGAAGGAGGGGCCUUCGACGCAGAAGCCCGUGGACUCCUUCUUCAAGAAGGACGAGGCUGCCAAGACGCCGGAGUGGGAGGGUCCCUCGAAGAAAUCUGCCCCUGGUGAUGAUGCCGUCUCUGGAGCCGGGAGCUCCCAAGUUGGAGAGCUCAAAAGGAAGAACGCCGGGAAAGGCGUGAAGCCCCCGGAAAAGAAGAAAGCGAGGGGGGAUGCUGGACAGAAGGAUACCCCCGUGGUGGUUAUUGACGACCCCCCAACCAGCCAGCCGUCGGCCUCCGCCCCUUUGGAGGAUCUUGUCGAGGGGGCCUGGCCCCUCGAAACUGUACAUUUCCCCAUCAAGAAGGGGACAGCCAUCAUGCAUGGCACCCUCGACCCGAGGGAGUUCUUGAGGGGUGCCACUCCUUCGGUGGACCGGUCCACCCUCAUCCGGUUUGGGGAUGAAGCCCUCGAGCUCAAGGCUCUUCAAGCUUCGGCCACUGCUAGUCUGGCUUUCGGGGAACUCGUCCGCAGGGCGGAACAACACCGCCUUGAGAAGGCCAAGUCCGACGAGGUGACGAGGAAGCUCGUUGCUAACAAUACCGAGGCCAUACGGCAGCUGGCGUGUUUGGAGGAGGCCCUCCGGCAGUCUGAGCAGAAGUUGGAGGCCGCGAAGGAGGAAGCCCGGGCCUUGGGGAAGGCCGAAGCCGAGAGGGCCGCUGCUGAGGCCGCCAAGAUAACCGCUGAGAAGGCUGAGGAGGCUAAAGCGGAAGCCAUCUCCAAGGCCAAGGAAGAGGCGGGUGGCGGCUUUCAUUGCUGACGGCUGGAAGGCCGAAGAGCAGAAGCAGUGGGUAGCCUCAGUGGUGGAGGCUUCUGCCGACGGCUGGGUGAAGGGCCCCGGGGCAAUGUGGCUGGCCUUGAAGGGCAAGAGUUUUUAUGAGGGUGGCCAAUAUUUCACCCAGGCCAUGAUCUACCGAAAGCUGGCCCGACAUCAUGGAGUGGAGACGAAUGAUUUCAAACCGGAGAACUAUGGCCUUCCCCCUCUUCUUCCUGACGUGAGAAUCCCCCUUCCUGAGGGCGAAGAGAGGCAACUGCUCGAGGACUCAGAGUUGGCAAGGUGUGAUUCUGAUGAAGAAGAGGCCGAGGAUGACGCGGUUUUGAAGCCGAAGGGAGAUGCUGUCGAGGAAGCCCAAAUUUAGAUAUUUUUUCCUAGGUGUCAUUUUGUAAUAGAUCAUUAGGCUCCGGCUUCGGCCUGUCAUGUAAAGAAACAUCUUCU